AUGUUGGCAAUUCCAAGGCGACUCAACAGCGAGGCCCUCUGGUGGGGCGAUGUCGAGGACCUAGCCACAGGCAGCGUGCUCGGCGGAGCAGGACCGGCCGUGGCAGAUGUUGGAGCAGAGGAUGCGUGGCGGGGAUCCGGGACCCGGAGCUCGACAAAGUGCAAGCCCCGGACCGGGCCGCUGGGUAACAGAGGCGACGCCUACCGGGGUGGUAGCCAACUUACAAGCCUAGAUUUCCUCCACGGGGUACCUCGGGCGCGCAUCCUGCCUCGCAUGUGGAAAGCUGUGCAGCUUGGAAACAGGGUCACCAACGGUCCCACUCACCCCCCCUCACAGACGAACAUGAUGCGUACUUUGGCAUUGCAGUCGACCACCUCCAACCACCUCGUGAAUCACGGCCCGAAUAGCUACAUUAGAAAGCGGACAGUACCCUCGAAGCGCGAGAAGAGUCACCAGCCCGACGGCGCUGCCCUUGACGAGUCGGGCCGAACGACCAAGUCCGAGUUUCUGACCAACGGCGGUGCCGAGAAUGGCGUCAUUGGGGGUAGGAUACGGGUAGCAUUACCGAAGCUUGAAGGCGCCAAGAUUCCCCACACGGUUCGAUCGUCAUAA